CCCACUCAGACAUUUAUGCCCAUUUUAUUGAUGUGAAACUGGAGGAAGGGGACGAUUUCUUCCUCCUGCCUGAUUGGAAUCAAGCCUGGAUGGGCUUAUUCCUAGGCCCCAACUCUGUCUACCCAGUGGCUGACAUUCUCUCCUUUGUAUCUUUUCUCUCCCUUAAGCUGUCCCAUGUUCUUCGGCUUUCACUUGCACAAGGAUGACUCUGGCUCAGCUUGGCCAUCUCCUCCUCAUCCUUUGAGACUCAGCCGACACUGCCUUCUUCUCUCCAGGCUUUUCUGUGAAAAGGCUCGUGCUCUUGACCAUGCUCUGCUUCUCUAAUGCUUGUUAUGGCCUUCCCACCCAGCCAGCGAAGGAGUCAGGAACCAGUGGUGUUCAAGGAUGUGGCAGUGGAUUUCACCCCCAAGGAGUGGCAGCUGCUGGAGCCAGCACAGAAGGCCCUGUACAAAGAUGUGAUGCUGGAGAACUACAGGAACCUGGGCUCCCUGGGGUAUCUGUUCUACAAACCAAAGCUGAUCACCAGGCUGGAGAAAGGAGAUGAGCCCUACAAUCAGGAGCACCAGGGUCCCGGAGCCCCACAACAAGGACAUGCAGGAGUUGGCAGCAAGAAGAAGAGGAGUUCAGGGGUGGCAACUCCCAAGUCAGGCACUUCCAAAAACUCAUCUCUGAAGAAGGGGAAGCAAAUGACCCAGAGAUGUAUUAAGAUGAAAAAGGCUCCAGACAGUGAGGACAGGCUGCCACAGGGACGCGGGAAAUCCUGCCCAAGGCAGGCCAGAGGCUCUGCCAAGAAGAAGGGCCCCGGCAAGAAAAAUCAGGAGCUGGGGGCCAGACAAAGGGGCGCAAGUAAAAAGAUUCUCCCUGAAAAGAAAAUUCAGGAGCCUGGGGCCGGGCAAGGAGGUACGAGUCAUCUAGCCACAAAUUUAGGGAAAAAGAUUCUCCCUGAAAAAAAAAUUCAGGAGUGCGGGGCAGGGCGAGGAGUUGCAAGUGGACCUGCCACAGACUUGGGCAAAAAGAAUCUCCUUGAAAAGAAAAUUCAGAGGCCUGGGCCUGAGGGAGGCAGUUCGAGUCUGCCAGGCACAGAGUCAGGUAAGAAGGGUCUCCUUGAAAAGAAAAUUCAGGCAUCUGAAUCGGGUCACUCAGGCACAACUGAGGCACCACAGGAUCCUGUUGGGGAGACAGCUGCAAAGCCUGGCACUUCGGAGAAAACACACAAGUCCAAGACAACAAAGCGCCAGUGCCCGAAGGGCAGCAAGGGCAAGGCCCAGUUCACGUGCAAGGAGUGUGGGAAGAGCUUCAAGCAGACGCUGCACCUGGUGGAGCAUGAGCGCAUCCACACGGGGGAGAAGCCGCACACGUGCGACCAGUGCGGCAAAUCGUUCCGCCACAGCUAUUACUUCACCACGCACUACAGGAUCCACACGGGCGAGCGGCCCUACAAGUGCAAGGAGUGUGGGAAGGCCUUUAACAGCAGCUCCACACUCCACAGCCACUACCGCACGCACACAGGCGAGAAGCCCUUCCGCUGCCCUGAGUGCGGGAAGACCUUCAAACAGAGCACCAAGCUGACACGCCACCGGCGCGUGCACACAGGCGAGAAGCCCUACCAGUGCGACGAGUGCGACAAGUGCUUCAGCCGCAGCUCGUCCCUGAAGGAGCACAAGAGGAUCCACACAGGGGAGAAGCCCUAUGUGUGCAACGAGUGCGGGAAGGCCUUCCGCUGCAACUCGCACCUGUUCGAGCACCUCCGGAUCCACCAGGAGGAGAACUGCCAUCGCUGCAAGAAGUGUGGCAAGCGCUGCCGGAGCGCCUUCCAACUGCGCAAGCACAAGAAGCUGCACAAGCCCGUGGCCCGUGCUGAGUGCACCGAGUGUGGGAGAACCUUCACCAGGAAGUCUACGCUCAUCAAGCAUCAAAAGAGCCACCGGAAGGAGUAUUCGUACCACUGCGAGGACUGCGGGAAGGCCUUUCUGUGCAAGUCCAGUGUCCAGCGGCACCAGCGCAUGCAUGCCGGGGAGAUGCCCUACGUGUGCCCGGAGUGUGGGAAAGCCUUCACUGAUGGCUCCACGCUCACCAACCACCGCAAAAUCCACUCCGUCAAGAGACGCUACGAGUGCAUCAUCUGUGGCAGUGUCUUUAGGAGGUUCUGCGCCCUGAAACUCCACCGAAACACAGCACACCACACUGAGAAACAGUGAGCCUGGGGUGCUCACACCUGCACUGCCAUGAGCCAAACCAUACUAGUCACUUC